CUAUUCGUAUUUCCUGUGAGCAUAGAAUGCUACUCGAGAUGUUUUUGGUAAUAUGAAUCAUUUACAAUGGUUAGAUAUUUCUCAUAAUCUUAUACAUGAACUGGAUUUUGAUGCUUUUAAAAAUACUAGAGAUUUACAGCUUAUUUAUUUGUCCUACAACUAUUUGACCGAUAUACCUCAAGAAGUUUUCAAAAGUGUUAAAGCUCUAAGAGUUGCCGACUUUUCUCAUAAUCAUUUGAGAGGUCUACCCGAUAAUUUGUUUUAUAAUGGUGGCAUGGAAAAAUUGGAUGUCUCACAUAACAUGUUACUUAAGAUACCAUCAUCAUCUUUGUCCAGUUUGGCGGCCUUGACUUUGUGCGAAUUACAUUUAUCUAAUAAUUUCAUUUCAACCAUACAUAGCAUGGAUUUAUCUAAUAAGUUUAGAUCAUUGCGUUAUUUGGAUAUUUCAUACAAUUACCUAUUGCGCAUCGAUGAUGCUGUCUUCGCCACAAUGCCCAAAUUGGCUGUAUUGGAUUUAUCGCAUAAUCGUGAUUUGAAAGUUAUGGAUAAAUCGUUUAUGGGUUUGGAAAAUAGUUUAAUAAAAUUGGGUUUGGAAAAUGUAUCACUGAGUACAGUGCCCGAGAUACGUUUAAAACAUUUACGUGAAUUUCGUUUGGGCUAUAAUGAAUUGCCAUCGAUACCACAGGAGUUGGCACAUAAUAUGUCAAAUUUAAGAAUGUUGGAUUUGUCUAACAAUGAUUUGACCAAUGUGCCACUAAUGACACAGUCGUUGCCGCAUUUAAGAAAACUUAUGUUAUCUGGUAAUCCCAUAACUUCCCUUAACAACAACAGUUUUGAUGGUGUCAAUGAAGAUCUUGAAAUGUUAGACAUUUCCAAUUUCCGUUUACAUUACUUUGAAUACGGUUGCCUAGAUGCCUUGCCACAUUUACGUUCACUCAAGUUAACAGCAUAUUCACAUCUGGAAAACUUUAAUAUACCAUAUCUGCUGCGUCACCAUCAUAAUGUACGUGAAUUAUGGAUUGAGGCACCACAACCGUUUACACGCAUCUUAAAAAAAGGUUCGGGACCCACACAAGAAAUGCAAACCGUACAAAUGGGUAUGCCAACUGAUUUAGCACGAGAAAUGGAGGGUCAUUUGCCGCUAAAACUAACAAAUAUAACAUUUAGUGGACCUCAAUUUUCGAGUUUAAAUGAAAAUAUCCUAAAAGGCAUGCAAUCACCGUAUUUGUACAUACAACUCUUUAAUACUUCAAUAUCGGAAAUACCCAAGAAUUUCUUUAAGAAUAUGGGACGUGUACGUAAUAUAUCGUUGGAUAUACGCUAUAAUAAUCGGAUGUUAAAGAAGAUACCAAAUCCUAAUACGGGUACCGUGCCUUAUUUGCCUAAUAGUGUCUUUUUAACAGAAUUGAAAAUGUCAAAUUCGGAUUUGAAUUGCGAUUGUGAUUUAGGCUGGGUAGAAUUUUGGCAACGCAAACGAAGGCAAUAUAUUUGCUCCUCACAAACCUGGACCGAUACAGUGUUUCGUACAUUUAUGAAUUCACCUUGUCAAAUAUAUGGUCGUUAUAUGUGCGAUGAACAUGAUGACGAUUUACGUGAAACACGUUGUGAUAAUAAAGGUGGACAACAAUUAAUGGAGUCAUUAAAAUUCGAUUUGGAAUGUGGUUGGGAUAAUGCCACCUGCCGUGAAGCCUUCAUAGUACUUAUAUUUUCUCUAGUUGGACUAUUAUCCUGGAUGUGACUGUUGUAUUUCAUUUUUCAAACGUCAUCAGAAUUUUAUAGUAUCUUAGAGAAGGUGUAUGGCGGCGAUCAAUUAGCUUAAGAUUUUAAUAUUAAAAUUAAGAAAGAUUUUUAUUAAAACCGAAUGAAGUAGUGUACUGAUAGUAAGCAGCAAUGUCAAUAGUUUACGACAAAAAAAUUAAAAAGCGUUGUUACUUAUUCAAAAGUAUAAAUGUAGUAUGCAUGUUAGUUGGACCUAUAAAUUAUGUAUCUGAUGUUUGAAAAAUGCCUUCCCCCUGGAUCUAAACGAAUAACUCUGUCUAUGUCUUUUUGCUAUGGAUAUUUUGGGCAUUAGAGAGCCUCGCGUGAAAAACAUUUAAAAUUAUAACCAAAAUUUUUAAAAUUAACUUUAAUCAAUUUAUUCAAAGUUUUAAAUAUUUGGCAAAUGUUACUUUUAUCAUAAAUAAUUUUGUGUUAUAAUUUACAUUUUUUACUGCUCUAUUAAAGUGUAGGAACUCUAAUGCGCGUAUGUAUAUUUGAUAUAUAUUUUUUAAAUAAUAUUAAAUAUACAUGUGUAAUUUUGUAUAUCGAACGAAUAUUUCUCACUAUUUGCUAUAAUUAUAUGUAUACUUAUUAAAUACGUACCCACCACAGUUUGCAAUAAUCACUGUCAUCAACUUUUUAUUAAAACAAACUAUUAAUUCUAUAUUUUUAUAACAAUAUUUAAUUCCUAAUAUAUAAAGUUUAAGUCACUUUUAAGUAGUACGUAUAUCACAAACUAUAUCCUUCCUUAUACAUACACUGAAAAUAAUCCAUGCUCAACUUUAC